AGAUUAUGAUGGUAUAACUGGACAUUAGUAGAUGGCCAUAUUUUUUGCUCAAUUCGUUUGGUUCGUGUAGCUCAUUGUAAAAUUAGGUUGAGUUGACACAAGUAUUAGAAAAAAAUGUUGUCAAGAUUGGCCGUACGAAAUGUGGCCAGCUGUUGGCCUGCAUUGACACGAACAUCAAGUAGUGUACCUCAAAAAAUAGAAACAGCAUCUGUAACAGCCACCGGACAGCGAAAAUCGCAACCAAUUUAUCCAUCUCCAGUACGACAUGGAUUUAUUCCAGAAGAAUGGUUUCAAAUUUUUUACAACAAAACUGGAGUUACUGGACCAUACAUGUUCUUCAUUGGUCUGUCAACUUUCCUACUUUCGAAAGAAUUCUAUGUAUUAGAUCAUGAAUUUUAUACCGGUGUAGGAGUACUUGCGACAAGUAUAUUAGUUGUCAAAACAGUUGGACCUGUUGCGACUAAAUUUUUCGAUCAAGAAAUGGAAAAAGAAGAUCAACAAUUAGAAGAAUCUCGUAAUGCCGAAAAACAAGCUUAUGAGAACCAACAAGCUGCCUUAAAGAGAGAGCAAUGGAGAACAGAAGCCCAAAAAAUGAUCAUAGAUGCUAAGAAAGAAAAUAUUAAAAUUCAACUUGAAGCUUGCUACCGAGAACGCGCGUUCAAUGCUUAUAAUGAGGUGAAAAAACGUUUAGAUUAUCAACUUCAACUUGCUGGAGUUCAUCGUAGAAUAGCGCAGAAACACAUGGCUCAAUGGAUAAUAAAAAAUGUUCUUAAAUCAAUUACUGCAGAACAAGAGAAGGCUGCUUUGCAACAAUGUCUCGCUGAUCUUCAAGCACUUGCACCUAAAUAAAAAGUAAUGAUAAAAAAUUAAGAAGAGUAAAGAACUGUAAUAAAAGAUAUGAUAGAAAAAGUA